CAAAAGGCAAUUUAAAUUCAAACCUUUUUCAACUUUCAGUUCUGUUUAAUUCAACAGGGAUUAUUCAUUUAACUUGAUUAAUAUUUUGUACUUUAGCGCUAUUGCAUACCUACAUUUGAGUGUAUUUUUCUUUUUAUUAUUAAACACACACAGAAAAAGCAAAGCUAGGAGCGCGUAAGCUAUUCAGAUUGAAUUUCAUAGUAAUCAUGGGCGGAGCAUUGGUAUUCUGGAUUGGAGUUCUUACAGUUGGCAUAUGCUUUGGGGCACUAUUUAUGUUCCGGAGCAAGACGGAUCCGACUCUGUGGCGGACGUGUACUAUUCUUUCGUUUGCAAGUUGCUAUUUGAUGUGGGGGCUGACGUAUUUGGCGCAGUUGCAUCCAAUUAUCGUGCCAAAGCGCGAUGAUCUGCGGGUGGAGCUGUGAGCAGUGCGGUGUAUACUAGGGUGGACGAUCCGUAGGAGGAUUUUACUUCUCUCGAAUAUUGAUAAUAUUUAUAAUACACAAACUAUAAAAUUGAGUUUAUAAAAAAUAUAUUCCGAAGAAAUGCAU